AAGAAGUUAACCUGAAAAAUAAACGUUGGGAAAGCUCAAAUGAAACGACAAAAGUAAAAAUCUAUUAGGAAAUUAAGCAAACUAAAAAUUAGGAAUAAAAUGUCUUCAAGUAGUUUACAAGGUUUUAAAGUACUACCCUUACGAUUUUCAAGCAGCAGUACAAGUUGUCACAACCUGUUUAUAAAAGAACAUUCAAUAAGAAGUAUUGAAGAUAGUAAACCCGCAGGUAAAACAUUAUUUGUGAUAAAUGUCCCACCGUACGCAACAGAAAAUAGUCUGAAAGUAUCCUUUUCUAAGGCUGGACGAGUGAGGUCUGUAAUUUUUCAAAGUGAUGAUAAUGAAAAGGUAACUAACGAUGGAUUUAAAAGAUCUUAUGUCGUCUUUGAGAAAAGGGAGAGUUUAUUAAAAGCUAUGAAACUAGACGCAAUUAAUUCACUGUCGACUGAUGAAGUGCCUCUUAAAGUUGGUUUGGAAAAGUGGAUUGAGGAUUAUAAUUCAAGCAUAUGUGAUCCGGAGGAAUUACAGAAGGAAAUUAAUUUGUACAUAAGUAAUUAUGACAAGGAAGAAGAAAAGAAAAAGAAAGGUGAUAAAGAAUUGGUAAACGACGAGGGUUGGACGGUUGUUACCAAGAAAGGAAGAAAUCCUGGCAUAUCCAGAAAGGAGAGCGUGGAACAUAAAUUAAAAGAAAAGGAUCAAGCGUUAUCAGAGAAGAAGCAGUUAAAGAAUUUCUAUACUUUUCAAAUCCGGGAUUCUAAAAAGGAACACAUUGCGGCUCUUAGAAAAAGUUUUGAAGAGGCAAAAAAUAAAAUUAAUCUCAUGAAAAAGGCUCGAAGAUUUAAACCGUAUUGAGAAUAUAACUACUGAAAUUUUAUAGUUGUCUUGUUACUAUUUUUAUCAACUCGUAAAUUCUUUUUCCAUUUGUAAUUUAUUAAAUUUAUAAAGUA